AUUUAUGAAAAUAGCGGUACUUUUCCUCGUGUAUUCUGGAAGUUUGUGUCGUCGGCCUUAUCUUGUUUAAUCGUACGGCAUCUCUUACCUUUUGGGGGGUGGUGGUAAAUCAGUCCUUAAAAUAUGGAGGAGACAAUUGAUGUCCCACUUGAAGGCUCCUCAUUCUUACGCCACUUUACUGUACCAUAUGAACAAGUGAAAGAUAAAAUCCACACAGAAGUAACUACAAUGAUACAUCCCGACAUAGGAUGGUACAAGUCAAGUGCUAAUCGUAAACAGUUUCCAUUUUUGAAUGAUAAAAAUCCUAUUGAUGCAAAGAUCAAUGCAGAAGAUGUUAUUUUACAGAAAAUAAUCAAUAAUUAUGAGGAUUUAUUCUUUUGUCGUCGUACUCCAGAGAAUGAAUCCAUCCGUCUCUUGUACUGUUGUCAUGCCUUGAAUCACUCAUUAAAGUGUAGAAAGCUUGUAAUAAAGAAUAAUGAAAAGGAAAAACAGUCUGGUGUUUCAGAUUCUCUUCGUGAUCAAGGAUUUCAUCGUGCACGUACUCUUAUUCUUGCACCGACCAAGGAAGCAGCUAGACGGAUUGUACAGACUUUUUUAAAAAUUAUGCCUAAAGGCUCUACUGUUUGUCAUCGACGUCGAUUUGAACAGGACUUUGGUCCACAACCAGGUGAUACAGAUAAGGUGAAGAAGAAAGGAAGAAAACCAAAGGAUUAUGAAGAAUGGUUCAGUGGUAAUUCAAGUGAUCACUUUCGUAUUGGUAUCUCAUUUUCUAAGAAAUCUGUGAAGUUGUACUCUGCAUUUAGCAAUUCAGAUAUCAUUUUAGCUUCGCCUUUAGGACUACAAACUAUUAUAGAUGGAGAACAAGAAGCUGACAUCCAAUAUAUUAUUGCAUCAAUUGAAUUAUUAAUUAUUGAUCAAGCUGAAAUGUUAUUAAUGCAAAAUUGGUCUACAGUUCAGCAUAUUGUAUCUUUGCUUAAUCAACGUCCAACUAAACCAGUAUUUGCAUCAGCUGCACGUAUACGCUUGUCUUAUUUAGCUGGUUAUGGUAAACGUUAUCGUCAAACAUUACUCUUCUCUGCUGUAUCAACAUUUUUGCUAACAUUAUUAUCAGGAGAAUGUGAAAAUUUUCAAGGUAUGAAUUAUAUUCCACCAGUAUCGUGUUACAAUGAUCUAUAUCCAACCUUUUUACCUGAAUGGCAACGUGUACCAGGAUUGAAACCGCCUGUUCUUCGUAGUGGUCAGAAACGUCAACAUUCAGAGACAGAUGUCAGUGAAGCAGACGACAAGCCGAUAAAUUAUAACUUCAAGUUACACUUAAUUUCAUUUCUAAUUCCUGGACAAAUAUCUGUGAAAUCAUCAUCUGGUACUAAGUUGGCUAAUGAAAACCAGCUGGAUUCAUCAGAUUCAGACAGUGAAGAAAAACAGCUGAGCAUUACUCCACUGCCUAUUUCUAGCUCAAAACAUUUGCCUACACUGGAUACAACAACCAAUUCUUUAUUAUUAUCGUGUAAACCACUUACAUUCACUAAUCAUGCGUAUAUGUCAGGACGUAAUAUUUCAAUAGCUCGAUAUACAGAGGAUUCAGAAGCUGAACGUUUUCGGACGCUGUUUUCUCAUGGUCGUAUUCGUAUAAUGUUAAUCACUGAACGUUAUUUCUUCUUUCGAAGACGAAAGAUUCGUGGACCACAAACUUUCAUCUUCUACGGACCGCCGACAUUUCCAUGGUUUGUUAAAGAAUUAUACGAUUUUCGAUAUGUUGAAGAUAAUGCACAAUACAAUAUGACUAUUCUAUAUUCUCCAUUGAUUGAAUCACACACUGUAUCUAUGAUAACUGGAUCCAUUGAAUGUUAA